CGCGAGGUCGAGGAGGCGCUACGCUAGGCGUCGAAUAAUGAUAUAUAUCGUUUCCUACGCUAGUGUCUCUAGCUCGAGCGAGGCGAGGACGCUCACUAAGAUUAUAAUUAAUGAUAAAGAUAGCUUAGAGAUACGAAGGAAGGAUCCUCGUGGGGGCCCACCCGUCCCUAUAAUCGAACUUACUCCUAAGGGAACUAAAAAAUUCCUCGGUCAGACUAAAUUAUACGGCGAGCAACUACUUUUACACUUCCCGAGAUCGUUUAUAGGCCUUCUCUAG